CAUCGACAAUUGAGGGUGCUGUGUAUAAUAUAGUUGCAUCAAUUCAUAUCCUUUGUUUUUUGUGGGUGGCUUUGUAUUUGACAGCAUCCAGCUGAUUGUUUCAAUAACAUCAUAAUUUGUCCACUGUUUUCGCUACAAUACGAAAUUUUGAAGUAUACAUCGAGUGAGUGUGUGCAAAUAUUUUAUUACGCAAGAAUAUGUCAUGAAUUCUCUGUGAGAAUGGCAUUUUCGAAAAUCAAUACAGAAACAUAACCCACAUUUUACUGCGUUCAUAAGUUGGCUGUUGCCUUCUGCUUUUUAAAUAGUAGCAGUAAAUAAGACUUAUGGCAGAAAUGGAAAAGUGUAAGCCACCCAAGAACAAAAAGAAAGGAAGACACAAACAGGAAGAUGGAGAAAUUGAUGGAUCCAUUCCAGAAGUUCCUAAAUUAGAAGAGUUAGUGGGUACUAGCUUUCAAGAUGCUGCUAGUUAUGCUAACGAUACUCAAAACUAUAAAUUCAUAGAAAGUGAAAUUAAGGAUGCUGUUGAGGAGAAUGCAUCUUCUGCUGCUAAUUGUAAAAUAGAAACUCCGGAAGAGAAACAUAGAGAGGAAGAAGUGAUUGAGAUACCUGUGUGUGCUCUGGACAUUGAUCUUUUAUCUGUCUCUGAUGUUAAAAUUGAUAUUACAUCCACCCAGCCAGUAUGUUUUCAGGAAAUGCAAGAAGGUGGUGUGGCUGCUGAAGACAGAAAUCUCUCAGGAACUGAAAUGAAAGAAAUACAUUCCUAUUCAGUCACUGUUGCAGAUGUUGUGCAAGCUGAUACACGUUUAGAAUCACCUCUUCAUGCAUCAGAUGCAAAGUGGAGUAAACCAGUUGUAAAUGAGGGUUGUAAACCGUCUGCACCAUUACCUUCACUUAAUGAGAAUGUUUUAUAUCCAGUUCUUCAUGAACAAGGAUCAGUACCCUCUGCACCUGCUAUGACUUCUGUAGUUAAGAAAGAUAUACCAGUAUGCCCAGAAAUUGUACAACCUCCUCCUUCAAGAAUAGAACCAGUUUAUCAGGAACGUGUCCAUGAAGUUGCCGAAGAAUUCAGGCCUUUAUCCGAAGUGCAAUUGUUAGCAUUGUACAAUAAUUCUGAAUUGGAAUCCAAUAUAGAAUUUGUCUCUGAAUUUGUUGAAAGUCAAUUGCAGGGAAUUAAACAACAACAUCACCUUUAUGAACUUCUAGUUAGUUACUUAAGAGCAAGAAACAGAUUAAUUGUCAAUUCAAUGGAACUGGAAUCCUUAAAGAAAGAAUGUAAAGAGCAUCAGAGUUGUUUGUGGACUGUUGAAACCUCUAUUGUAUCAGAAAGUGGAGAAUGUCAAGAUGGGAACCCUGUGUCAGCAUCCCAUGAAUACAAAGUAUCACACUUCAAUAAACUUGCUUUGGCUGCACUUCAGCGCUCUUUAACAUCAAUUAAAGAUCUUGUUAAUGAGGUUCAGUCACUAAAUUCUUAUUCUUCAGAAGUAUUGAGACUUCAAAUUGAGCAUUAUGUUCAGAGUGUUGCUUAUUCAUGUCCUGAAUUUUCUCAUCUACCUCAUAAUGCUCCAGUAAAUCUUAUUGCAGGUGACCCGCCGUUACAUGUUCUGCCACAUAUGACUGAACUUCGAGUAUGUGUAUCAAUUUUAUUUACAUUUCAGAGAAGAGUUGUUAAAGACCUUCAAUUUGUAAAUGAUACCAGAGAUUGGCUGUCAAGAUUAGUUGCUAUUCUUUUACGUGUUGCUUCAUGGAAAGAUCAUUUGUUUCUGUUGAACCAUGUGUUGAGAUGUCCUGCUGGAGUGGGAUCUUGGGCUUCUAGCUUUAUCCAGCCCCCUCCUCCAGUUAUCCUUCCUGCAAACAGAGUUCAACAUGAAUCAUCUCCUUUUACAAACCCUAAUUUAGAUCACAUGGUUGCAGCAUUGGCUACAAUUUUGUUGCCUGUUAGAGAACGAGAACAUUUUCUAGAACAGGCAAAACUAUCAUUAUUAUUUUCUGUAAUUUUUCAGGUGCAGUCAUCAUUGAGAGACUCUGUUGCAAGAGAGACUGAAAGUGAUAGUUUAUGGGUGUUAAUCGAUUCUGAAGGAGAAGAGGAUGAAGAUGUGAGCAAGUCAUGUUGGUCCAUUCUUAAAGAAAAUGACUUGGUGGCAUUGUUAAAUCAAAUUCCCCUGGAUUACAUGUUCAGACAUGUAUUGCUUGUUGAUCGGCGAGAUGAAAGAGAUAUUUAUGAAAUUACUCGAGUGAAUGAAAAUCACGUACUUAGGCUAUUUGCAUUUUCAACUGUGCUGGUGAGGUUACUUCGGCAAGGACUACGAACGUACGAUACCCCUAGAUAUCGUCAGUUUGCUAAGAGAUUGGGUCGUCUUAUUCGACAUACUGUGCAGUAUGCAUCAGACCAUUGGGAGUGUUUCAGGAGAUGCAACCGUUGGGUUGAACCAGCUAUGCUGCAGCGUUUGCAAAUUGAAUAUGAUGCAUUCUUCUUACGAGCAACACGGUGCAUCUUCUCUUCACAAAGACUUGGUGCAUGGCAAUUUUUAGCUGUAGUGCCUUACAAUGUAGUGUCUAUUUCUACACUUUGGCGAUUAUUCUAUAUUUUACAUGAAGAUUAUCAAGAAGAAGAAAAUUUGAGCCUACACUGGGACACACGGCUAGAUUGGGAAAGAAAACUUAGUGAUCCAGAUCUCAGAAUUCAAUUUGAAGAGAAACUUACCACAAUGCCAGAAGCAGAAUCAUAUUAUCUCUUGACUACUUUCGCAAAUAUGGCAAUGGCAAGAGGAUCUUCAGAUAGAGACUUUGUGAAAGCAGCAACAUUAGAUUUAUUCCAGAUUGGUUUUCUCAGUUCUGCUACCCAAGAGUCGUGCUCUAAAUCUGCUAGAGUAUUGCUUUCAAAUAUAACAACUAAACAUCCAAGUUUACUUUCUGACAUUCUGGCAAAACUCAUGGAUAAUUUUACCCAAGCUGGAAAACUGAGCCUUUAUUUAUUCAAAGACCUGCCUCUGCGUCUCUGGAAUCCUAGUGACAAAGAUUUAAAUACAAUUGCUAAUUGGUUACUGAAUUGCCCUCUUGCAUCCACUGAAAAUAAUCUUGCUCGUCUAAUUUUGAGUAAUCUAAAUUGGGGUUGCACAGAGCAGUCAUUAUGUCUUGAAUUGUUCUUUCAUCGAAGAGUGGCUGCUCUUGUUGUUGAAGCAGCUUUAAAGUUUGUGCCAGAAGCCAUGGGCAGUGGUGGAACAGCCAUGAUCACAGAGAGUGUUAAACAGGUGUCAAAUUUAGCCACGUCCAUUGUGAGACCUCAAUCCACUGAACAAAUUUUUAGUCAGUGGGCUUGGGAAAUGCUGACACGAUUGCGCUUGCAUGCCCUGGAUCAACCAGACCAUGCUGUGUGGACAGCAAUGGCCAAUCCUGCUACAGCAUUUGCAGGUGUUCCUGACAUUGAAAAUGAUUCAACUCUCGAAAGUGUACUUAUGGGUGUUCGAGACAGACAGCCAAUUGCUUGUUAUGCUGCGGCUUUGAUGAGCAUUUGGGGUCAUAGUGUACCUCUCCUGUGUACAAAAGGUUUCAACAUGCUUCAGAUAUUAUUAUGCCAUUAUAAGUACGAUGCAGUUUUGGGAGUCCUACAACAUUUCGUUCCUUUGUUUUUGGAUUGUGAAGAGUCUCUAGUCAAGAAUGAAAGAUUUGUGUCCAUCUUAAUUUCAAUUCUGAUGGCUGAUAAAACAUAUAUGAAAAUGGCUAAGAAUCUAAUAGCUCCAGAAUUUCCUGGCCCAGUUUUGAAGCAGUUUGGAAAUAUGAUAGAAUAUCAAAUGGAAAAUUGUCGAAGGUACAGUCUAAAUAGCCCUCGUCCUUUUAUUCAGUUAUGGAUGGUGAGCUUAUCUCAGAUUUCUGACUGGACAAAAGAGAAUGGCAUUAUAUACCUCAUGGAUGUAAUGUUAAGAUGUGCCUUCUUUCAUGUGGAAGCCCGUGAAACUGCUAGUUUUCUUUUGAACAAAAUGUAUCAGCUAGCAUUAUUGGAAUUGGACGAUGAGACGAUGUCAAGUCCAAGACAUGGCAGUACUUUUUCUUCUUUCAUCAGUUGGGUAGCUUCAGGUACAGCCAAUGUGGUAUCAUUACUACCUCGAUCAUCUAUUCCUGAAUGUCCAUGGUAUGCUUAUUUUGUCUUGGAAAUGGAGCAAGAAUUGCAAGAAGAAAAAACCGGAUUGUGGCGAGAAGUUUUGAAGGAGUUAGCUGCUACAACUGGGAAGGCCAAUAUUGAUCAAGCAGUAAAAAGAGCUGCCCAGUCUUUGAAAAUUCCUGCACCACCAGCUAGUAGUCUCUUCAUAUAUCGUUGGGCACAACAAGCUCUUGAUACACCUUUGGAUCACCCUUUGUUGCCUUUAAUUUGGCAGAAAUUUUUUGUUUUGUUUUUAGCUAGAGUGCCUUCAGCUUCUGGUGUUCCUGACAGAGGAUGUGUUGGUGAUAAAUUCUUUGAAGGAAUGUUGAAUCUGAGUUUUCAUAAGAAGUUAAAGAAAAGAUUACAGGAAGCUUCAGAGUUCUAUCGGUCAAAGAGCACCGAAACUGGAGGUGAUUCACCUCAAGCCGAGGAAGCCAAAGAAGACCAAUCUGAAACAGAGGAUGUUGGAGCUGAGAAAAAGGAAUGGUACACAACUUGUUCCAAACUUUUAAGGACAUUUAGUCUGUGGCUGGAAGAACCAAGACUACAAGAGCCUAGUUUGUUUUUGCCUGCCCUUCCUCCUCAAUAUAAUCCCUCUAAACUUGCUGGAAUCAUCCAGGGAGAUAAAACUCCUUGGUUGGAGUAUCUGGAUUAUGCUCUUGUUAGAGGGAAUCAACAAAGUGCUGCUUGGGAUUGGCAGGUGGCACGAUAUCGCACCCUUGAUCCCUCAGUUAAGAUACUCUUACCUUCGCCUGAAGAAACUGAUGAUCCUUCAGACAGAAUUCUAAAACGGCUGCAGUCAUAUGAUUCUUCAGUACCCCCGCCACCUCUGAGGCCAAGUAAACCUGUAGUACCAACAGUUUCCAAUGACAUGCUUUACAACAGGGGUACCAUGCUCAAUGGUCUUAAACCAUUCUUCAGAUCUCUUCUAGAAUAUGCUCAAAUUUACUCUCUGCGUAUGUCAGAACAUACUGCUUUGGACUGCAACUUUUUAGAAUUAGUGCCUGCUUUGUAUCGUGAUGUGGAAAUGGAAAUUAUCCUUCAUGCUGCUUGUGAUAGUGAGCCUCAAAUGUCUAGAAGGGAUGCUGCUUUGACAUGUGCUGGACCUGCUGCUAUAAGACUCAAAGUGUGUGAAGCUCGAGUCAGUGAAGGAACAGAACAUAUGAUUCAACAAAAUCGAGGAGAAUAUGAGACUGUUUUAUCUCGAGCCACUCAGCCACCUCCUCAGAAAGUGUGUGUUGGAAGUGUAUUCUUGGAACAUACAAUUAUGUUACUUGAAAAUGAAUACAUGCAGAAUCGAGCAAAUAAUAAUACAGAAAUGGUAUUAAGAUUACAAGAUGUUGGAGUUACUCUUUUCUAUCACAUGAUUGGGCUGUAUAAUGAGGAUGCUGCAUUUUAUCCUCCGACUAAGCAACUUCUUACUAGUUGCCUUGAACGCUUGGGCCAGACUUUUGUUUCGGGAGAUGAGAGCCAGUGUAUGCGUCUACUUACCACAAUUAUUCAACAGCCACAAAUGGGUGGCAUUCUUGGACCACAUUUUACUCCAGCUGCUGCAAGCACACCUACUUUCCUACAGAUGUAUCAGACCGUUGUUGGCAUUGUAGAUCAACAAGCACCUGAACGUAUUUUUGUUCUUCUUUCCAAGUUUGAUGUACCACGGUGGCUGGUCUCUCGGCGACCUAGGUUGAGUGAGCGAUCUCAGUUCAUAGAGUUGGUGGGCAAAGCUCUUACCACUGCUGGUUUGAAUCCAGAAGAUGAGAAGCUUAUUCUUCAUGAAGUAUUUCGAAAACAUCUGCGUUUCCUUCUUAUGUACGACUUUCCUGAACAUUAUGGUGAAAUCUUGAACCUUGCACUCCGCAGUAGUGAAACCCAGUGCUUGGCUCUUGAUGUGUGGUUCGAUAUUCUUAAUGCCCUUGUUGCUGGAGGAGAAACAGCUCAACGAAGGCUUAAACAAGGUCAAAACUUAGGAAAAAUAAAGGAAGAAAUUCGCAGAUAUGCUACAGAACAAAAUUUACUGACACAUAGUGAGCUGCGAGAAACUGCAUCUUUGGUUGGAAGCCAUUUUAUGAAAGAGAGACUUCAGUAUGGUUUAUAUGGACUAUAUCCUAAAUACAGGGUUUACAUUGAACCUUUGACUACAUUCUUGGGGAUGAUAGGACAUGCAUUAGUGGUCAGUACACUUCAGCAUGAUCGAGGCACAUUGUCUGACAAGUUGUGUGAGCAACUGUGGCCUUCAUUGUGUGAUAUGUUUUCACCUUGGCUUACGCCAUACUGGACAAAAAAUUUGAAAGAACCAACUGCUGCAUGGAUCCAGCAAUUGACAGAUGAUCGAUCAGUAUUACUGCCAUGGAUUACUGCUGAUGGACCUCAUGCUCAGCGAAUGGUAGCAAUGUUUGUUGAAUGUGUUCGAUUUAUUUUAGAUACAUUGCCAGCUUGCAGCAAUAUUCUGUGCUUUUUGUGGCAAAUGUAUGUGUCUAGUUUUGCUCAUUCUGCUGUUAAAGAUUACAUAUUAAAUGUUAUGCAUGGCAGCUUACAAACCUUGCCUUGGGAUAGGUUUUGGCCAAGCAUGCAAGAUUUAGAACUCAUGCUGAAGGUAGUUGAUCAGUAUCUCCCAGAUUGUCAUUCCUUUCUUGGUGCUGUAUUUAUUGAAAUACCAUGGUGGAAUUGGGUGGGUCAUGUUCUCAAUUCAUACUCCAGUUCUGUGUCAACACGAGCUCAUGUGUGCUUGUUACAUCUGCUGGUAAAACUUGCUAGUGAACCUACUGUGCGACAGACUGCAAAAGUUACUCCACUUCUUCAAGAAUCUCAAAAAUUUGCCUGGCAUUUAUUAGAUUCAUCAGCAUAUGAGCCAGUUAUUAAUUGGUGUGUAAUGAGCCUAGACCCACGAGUUAUACUCUCCCUGGAUAGUGAAGAAUCUAAUCCUAUUGAUAAUGCGGUUUUAGAAUUAUUGCAGAUUGUUGCUGCUUAUGUUCCCACAUGUACUCAUUUCCACACCACUACCUUGAAAAAACGGCAAAUGUUUGUUAGAGCAUGUGUGAAAUUACUCAUUUCAUGCUCUACAAGGUAUGGGACAUUAUUGAAAAAGAAAGAAAUAUUAUUCCGGGCAGCUAUUCAUAAACUGCUGGAUGAUGUUGAAAUAGUUGUAUCUGCAAGUGUGCCACUACUCCAACAAGUUCCAGAAUCUGGUCUUCUUCUAUCAGAAGUAUUAGUUAUAGUGAACCAAUCCCCUACUAGCCCUUUAGCGGUCCUUACAAUAGAAAGUUGUGUCUUAUGGCUUGGAAGAAGAGAUUGCUCAAGCAUAGUCCUUCAGGGUUUUUUUUGUGUUUUGGGAACUGCACUCACUGUAUCUGAAGCUCUGGGAACUAUUCUUGAAGCAGCAUUGCAGUCCUUUUUUAAGAAGUCUGUGACACAAACAGCACCACCUACAUGGCAACAGGCUAUUGCUAUUUUGCAACCUGUUGUACCAAGGCAACCACCAAUUGAAGAUGUGUUCUUGUCAAAUGGGAAUGUUUUAAGUUUAUAUGCUUUAUUGCUCAAAAAAUUACCAAUGUGUAGAGAUAUUCGUGAAGAAGCAAAUGUGUUGGAUACCCUGGUUGAAUGGUUGAUAUCAAUUAAAGCUACUGAAGCAUUGGAAUCUAAAUUGCCACUGUUAUGGAGUAAGAUACUAGCUUUGUCCUUACGCCAGUGUGAACUGUCUGGAGAUGUGGCAAUGGCUGUGAAGAGUCUACGUAAAUUAGUACAAAUUUUAAUGCAGCUAGCAGAAGACCGUAGUGUUGGAGGAUGGGGUAUUUUAGGUGCUAUUGGAUUACGUAAACAGUCUCCCGUAUCUGUCAAAUGUCGACUUCUGGCACGAAUAACAUCAGUGUAUGUUUUAUCACAGUUACCUGAAGGUGAAACAAAUCUUGUUAGAACAUCUGCAAAUGCUCCUGGUGCUUUAUCAAAUACUAAUUCUCCUGUCAGGCCUAAUGCACCAGAAUGUGCUCUGCCAACUCCCAGUGCUGAUGCUUUGAAAGCACUCGGUAACUUAGAGGCUCUUGCAACUAAUAAGAAUUAUGUUGAAUUGAAAACCUGCAUUGAUCUGGGAGUGAAGCACAUUGUAGAUCCAGCAAAUUCAUUGCAUAAUGCAUCUCAAAUUUUGGGUAUCUUAGCCAAUGAAUUAUACCAGUAUCAGUACCUAUUGGGACUUAAAGUCUUAUAAACAUUACAUUGUAUACCUCAUCUUUUCAAUGGUGCUUUGGAUCUUAUUUCGCUACAGAAGUCAAACAAGAUACAAUUUUUAGAAUUAUUGGAAUUUAUUUGUAAUGUUAACAUUUGGAUGUCAGCAAAAUAUUUUAUUGUAUAUAUGUUCAAAUUGUGUUAGUUACUACUCAAAGAAUAGUUAAAACUGUAUUAUCGACAAUUUUCAUGUACUGAAAGAGUUUUACAUUGUUCUUUUACAUUUCCCUUGAAAGUAAUUUGACUUUACCAGGAGAUAUAAAACAUAUUUAUUGAGUGAUGAAAUAUCAACAAAGGAAACUUACUAAAGGAAGGAGAAAUUUGAUCUCAUGGCUCUUUCCUUUCAAACUCAAUUUUAACUUGUUUACUUUUAUAUUCCAUUCUCUUAUGUAUACAUUUUAAAAAAUAUUCCUGGGGGAUAAGAAGUAAAUGUAUUACUAUUGACUGCUUUCAUGCAAAAUAGUGUAAUCUAGUCAGAUGGGAUACAUUGAGAAAUGUAUAUGUUUGUCAUACAAUUGUAAAAUGGGCUAAUAUUUUUUUUUCUUUUUCAUUGUAAAUUUUUAUAGCAAAUAUUUAACAUGGUCUAGGGUGUGCAUCAAUGCAUUAAGUGAAGCAAUUAUCACUUAGUGCAUUGGAAAUGUGAUUUUUUCUAUUGUAUCUUAUACUUGCUUGCCAGGAUACAAAGAUCAUUGUGAUAUUUUUAUUGGAAUGUGAGAGCUGUAUGAAAAGUACAUGCUGAGAACAUUUUAAGAUUAAUAAUGUAUUUCAUACAUAAAAUUGAUUCGAUUUUUAUUAGUUAUUUUUUAUUUAAAAGUACUCAUUAUUAGAGAAAAGUAUCAAGUGAAGGAAUUGUUAAAAUGAAUGAAAGGCUGGGUUCGUAGGCUUCUGCAGCCGGGGUCAAUGCAUUCUUGGCUAUCCGGGAUAAGCUGCGUCUCGGUCAAUUGUGCUGACGUUUCGGCCAUCUUGCUGUGACCUUCUUCAGAGCUAUACUGCUGUAGCAGCUGUAUACUUCU